AUGUCGGACCUCAACUCGUGGGAAGACUCACCGGACGCCCAGCAGGACCAGGACCUGUCGAGACAGGCCCAGCAAAGCCUGAACAUGGGCGCCCAGCAGCAACAGCCCUACCAACAACAGCAGAGAGGUGGUUUCAACCCUGGCAUGGGUAGCUUCCAGCCCGGUGCUGCUACUUUCAACCCUGGCCAGGCCUACUUCAACCCUGGUCAAGGAUACGGACAGCAAUAUGGUGGCUACGGCCAGCAGUACGGCCAGUACGGCUCGCAAUACAACCAGUACGGCAACCAAGGAUACGGACAGCAAGGAUACGGCCAGCAAUACAGCCAGUACGGCCAGCAGGGCUACGGUCAACAAUACAACCAGUCCUACCAACAACCCGCACAACAACAGCGCCAAGUACCCGUCAUCGCUAAGAGAGGUGACCAGACUGCCGCUCCCAAGCCCGCCGCCGAUGCUCCCAAGGCUGCUGUCAAGACUCUCUCGCUCAGCGCAUCUGACACUGGUGCUUCGGCUCCCAAGGUUGAGAAGACUGGCGGCACCAAGGUUCUGAGCUUGGGCACCCCUGCUGCCCCCAAGGUCGAGAAGACUGCGGGCACAAAGGUCCUCUCGCUCAACGCUGAGCCUGCCAAGCCUGCACCAGUCAAGGAGACUGUCAACAAGGCUGAGGCUGGUGCCGGAAAGGCCGUUACUGCUGCCAAAGCAUUGGAGAAGACUGGCAACUCACCCGCUGCUUCAUCUGGUCGCACCUCACCUACCCCCUCAUCUGGCCGCAACUCGCCCACUCCCGCUGAAAAGCGUGCUGAAGCCCGCCAGGCCGAUCUGGUUGCUGCCGAGCAGGCUGCUGACGUCGAUGAGGAGACUCUCAAGGAGAUGUACGGCAAGGAGCACGUCAACGUCAUUUUCCUUGGACACGUCGAUGCCGGAAAGUCAACUCUUGGUGGUUCCAUCCUGUACGCCAGUGGAAUGGUCGACGAGCGUACCAUGGAGAAGUACAAGCGUGAUGCCAAGGAAGCUGGUAGAGAGACAUGGUACCUGUCAUGGGCUCUGGAUUUGACCAAGGAGGAGCGUUCCAAGGGUAAGACUGUCGAGGUCGGUAAGGGUUUCUUCGAGACCGAGAAGCGUCGUUACACCAUUCUUGAUGCUCCUGGACACAAGACCUUUGUGCCCAACAUGAUUGGUGGUGCCUCCCAGGCUGAUAUCGGUGUUCUCGUCAUCUCCGCCAGAAAGGGUGAAUACGAGACUGGUUUCGAGAAGGGUGGUCAGACUCGUGAGCACGCCGUGUUGGCCAAGACUCAGGGUGUCAACAAGCUCAUUAUCGCUGUCAACAAGAUGGACGACCCUACUGUUGAGUGGAGCGAGGAGCGUUACAAGGAAUGUACUGGCAAGCUCGCCCAGUUCCUGAAGGGUGUCGGUUACAACCCCAAGACUGACCUGCACUUCAUGCCCAUCUCCGCUCAGACCACCCUCGGUAUCAAGAACCCCGUUCCCAAGGACGUCUGCCCCUGGAACGACUCCAUCUCGCUCCUCGACUACCUGGAUAGCAUGCAGGCUCUGGAGCGUAAGCUCAACGCUCCCUUCCUGAUGCCCGUCGCUGCCAAGUACCGUGACUUGGGUACCAUGAUCGAGGGCAAGAUCGAGUCUGGUGUCAUCAAGAAGGAUAUCAAGUACUUGAUGAUGCCCAACCGUGUCGAGACCACUAUCUCAGCCCUCUACGGUGAGACCGAAGAUGAAAUCCCCAACGCCACUUGCGGUGACCAGAUCCGCCUGCGUAUCAAGGGUAUCGAAGAAGAAGAUAUCAUGCCCGGUUUCGUGCUGUGCUCGCCUCGCCGUCCCGUCAACUGUGUGUCAACCUUUGAAGCACAGAUUGUCCUCCUCGACAUCAAGUCCAUUCUCUCUGCCGGUUUCAACUGUGUCAUGCACGUUCACGCCGCCACCGAAGAAAUCACUUUCGACGCCCUCCUCCACAAGCUCGAAAAGGGCACAGGCAGAAAGUCAAAGAAGGCUCCUGGUUUCGCCACCAAGGGUAUGAGCAUCAUCGCUCGCCUGAAGGUCACCAGCAACAACGGUGCCGGUGUCUGUAUCGAGACCUUCGCCGAGUACCCCACUUUGGGUAGAUUCACCCUCCGUGAUCAGGGUCAGACCAUUGCCAUUGGCAAGGUUACCAAGCUCAUCCAUGAAGAGGCUGCUUAA